AAAUGUAGGAAACUUGCAAGGCUGAAAAAGUGGAAAAUAUUGUAUAAAAGUGUCCUUUUCAUGUUUUUGGAGGUUCGAUUGUAUGUAUGUAUGUAUGUAUAUGUAUGUAUGCAGGUAUGAUGAAGAGCUGGCAAUGGCUGAGGCAAGAGAGAGAGAGGUGAAAUCCAGAACAAGCCAACGGGGAGGCGGUGGCGGAGGGAAAUCGAGGCUGGACAUCUACAAGAAACCAGCCGCCUCUUGGAAAUGAACUGUCCGUCGUUUUGAAGUGUGCGCAUGCGCGAAGUGUAUUGUUCCAUGUGUUGCUGACUCAGCAGAACCAAUCGUCUCGCUUUGGUGGUGGUUGCUAGGCUAGUGGUUGCGCAACCAGAAGACGCCUUUUCAUUGUGGCGGCGAUACGCUCAUCAAGCGGGUUAGUAGAUUGCUCCAAGAUCAAAAGACGUUUACUACACUUUCGUGGAGGUCACGAGCAGCACGGUCUUGGCUUUGGACGCGCUGCGAUGUUGACGCCUGAACUGUCGGGACGGGCGCCCGAGAUGACCGACUUCGGUGGGUUCCGUAUCCUAGGGAACGACACGCACAAAAACAUGACCAACUCCACGCCGGCUCACUUUCAAGAGGACGACGCCAGAUGGUGCUACGUAGAACACCACGUCGAGGUCUGCGUGAGACUAUCAGUGAUGUUACUUCUCACAGUAAUUACAACAAUCGCAGUUCUCUUGAGAGUAAGUCUGUCCACAACUGUUGUUUGUUUAUUUUGUUGUUGUUUACAAUCUCGUAAAAGGUUUACAGAACCAAACUCAUUCUAAAGUGUGUGUGUGUGACAAUUAAUGUCCCAAAUUUGUGUGAAUAUUAUAUCUACGGUUUCUAUAGUGGACCCUCUUGCUCUGAAUAGAGAGAGA